UGUUUUCCAAAUCUUUUUGUAAUAUAUUUUCUCAACUCUUUGUAAUGCGAUUCAAAUCUUAAUCAUAAAGCUUCGAAAAAAAGUGAGACAAAUCUUCUUAUAACUUGUUGUUUUCUUUCUUGUUAAAACAUACAAAAAAUCGAAAAAUGAAGCAAUUUUUUAUUUGAAAAUAUCGGUUCGGUUUGUGUCUGUAUGUAAGAGAAUUCUUGUUUAAAUGGUUUCUUGUUUAAAAAAAAAUCAUUGGAUUUUGAAGUUUAUUAACUUGAGACAAUUUGAAACAUUGCUACUUUUAAAGCGGAAGAGCGUUGGAAAAAAGAUCACAUGUGACAAUGCACUCUUAUUUGAUAAAAGCAAAUAUUUAUCAUUGAGAAUGUUGUUUACAGCAUAAAUUGAUAUGGCUUUUUUAAUCUUUUUCUCUUUGAAAGUUCGGCCGAAUUUUAAACGAGAACACUAUGGAAAUUUGACUCAACGAUGGCUGAAAUCUUUACGAACACGUGAAUCGAUUAGUACGUAAAUGAGACUAAUUCAUAAAGAAAAAAUACAUUCUUUUUGUUUAGAUAAACAUGUAACUGUUUUCGAACAAGAUCUUUGUCAAUUAGUUAAAGAAUUAAAACAAUUUGUUUUUCUGGAUAUUUAUAGUAAUACAGAUUCUGAAAAAGUCGAACCUUAUCGCUCAAUGGUCCAGAAACGUUUUCCUAAUAGUCAACUUUGUAUUGACAAAUUAAGAUUUCGUCUUUGGAUAUGAUUUUUUUCUUUGUAAUUAUAGAAUAAUUGUAUAUUAAAAAUAAAUAGGUUGAAAAACAACAUGAUCAACAUGUGCCAAUAUACAUAUAUUACGAAUAGAUUCAAUAUCUUGUAAUUCAGAAAGAAUCUCUGAUGACUAAGUUAUAGUAGCUGACAUUGUUGUCUGGAAGUACUUUGUAUUUUUUUUCUCUAAAAUAAAGGAUCGAUUAUGGUCUUAAAUAAAUCAUGAUAUAAUAGCUGUGUGAAGUUGUAAUUAGGCAAGAAUAAAAAAAAACAAAUAUAUAUGACUCAAUUUACACUCGUUCUUCAAAAUGAGAAAAAAAGAAAAUAACGCUGACAGGAAAAGUACAGCAACAGAAAAAAAAUGUUGAAAAAAAACAGGAAAAUAAGACUAACAUAAUAAUAUUGGUAUUGCUUGGUUGCUUUUCUUUAUUUCCGAUACCAUUUUUGCAAUGUAUCAUAUCGUUUAAUCUUUCGCUGUAAUUGUAAAACACCAUAGAUUAACGCUUUUGCGCUUGGUGUACAACUAGGCAUGUAUACAUCAAUUGGAAUAAUACGAUCACAUCCGUGUAUCUAUCGAAGAAAAGAUUUUUUAAAGUUUAUAAAAACGAAUCAUUAUGAAUGUUUUAUCGCAUGUGAAUAAUGAUAAUAACCACUAUCAUUAGCACAUGAACUCAUCGAAAUAACCCAUUUAGGAUGAGGCAUUUGCUCGUAAAGUCGUCGAAUAUCUAUAUAAAGAUAUUAUCGAAUAUCAUAAUCCUGACAGAUGUAACUGAUGCACGAGCACUUUUAGCUAGUCAUACCCGCGCAGGGUGUGGGUGGGUUUGGGUAUGUGGGUGUGGGUGUGGGGUGUGGGUGACUGGGUGUGGGUGUGGGUGUGGGUGUGGGUGUAAAUGUGCGGGUGUGGUAGUGGGUGUGAAACGAUCUACUCUCAUCUACACCCACCCGCACACGCUUAUCCACACCCACGCUCACCCACACACCCACACCCACACCCACCCCACACACCCACACACCACCCACACUCUAACCACUAAUAAUAAAAUAACGAAAUUAAAAUCAAUCUAUUUAAAUGAAUAUAUAUCUGUGUAUUUAAAUGAUUUAAAUGAUCAUGUUAAUGAAUUAAUUGAUUCAUUAGAAAUUCAACGUGAAAGUGUGUCAAUUCUUAUUUCAUUUUGGACAGCAUUAACUAGUAAUGAAAUACAAGGAAUACUUAAAAUUCUUAUGCUUAUAACUGUUCUAUUUAUGCCAUGUACUUUAUUAACUGGUAUCAAUUCAACAAAUUUUCAGAUCCAACCACAAUAUAACUAUGAAUAUGGUUAUUAUAUUAUACUUUCAAUUUUAGCUUUGAUUCUUAUUGGUAUGAUUACAUGGUAUAAAACUAAACAAUGGAUAUAA